AUGUGUAUAAAUCCUACUUUGCAAUUAUGGUACAAUCAGUUACGUGAGAAACUCGAAAAACUCAACCUUUUCGACACACAAACAUCAGAUCCAAACGUCAUUCAUCGUGAAAUUCUUACUACUCGUCUCUUUUUAAUUUUAUUAGCCACCUCCGCGAUUAUUCUAACUCUAUAUACUUAUAUUAGUGUACAAAUUAGCACUGGUGUUGUACCAUCACCGACCCAAGUUGUCUAUAGAAGCCUAGAAGAAAAGUAUCCAGAUACAUUAAAAUGUCCAUGUGAAAAAAUUUCAACACCAUACAAAACAUUUGUUCAAACAGUACCAUUAAUGCAUCAAGUUUGUUCUAGUCCUUUUGUUUCUCAAUGGUGGACUGAGUUUACUUUUGAAACUAAUAAUUCACGACUUUGGCCAAUGGAUGUAAAAACACAAUUAAGCUCAAUAUGGCAACUUAUUUCGGCUCUUUGUCAAAGUGCAACUAACACAAUUACUCAUGCACUCAAUGAAUUUGCCGAAUUACCACUAAUAAGUUUGACGUUACUGUCUGAACGUUUAUUAAAAACAAAAACUCAAGCUGCUCUUGAUUUAGUACAACAAAAAGCAUCAUCGGCACUUAUUCGACCACUUACACUCAUAAAUCGAAUUGCACAAACGAAUCAAUUCAUAACAGCUUUGUCGACGAAUUAUAUCACAUUCUUAUGGGAUCAAUUUGAGCUACGCAAACUAGCUGUUAGUUUCAUAGGGAUCAAUUAUAUAAUGAAAGGAUCGACAAAUAAUUGUAUGUGUCUAUAUAAUGAAUCAUGUCCUACAGCAGGCAGUGUCUUUUUCUAUGAUCCAUGGGAAACAUAUGGAGUCUUUGAUUUGAAUAUAAUUAUUGCCAAUGAAACCUUACCUGGUCUUGUGUUCGAUUGUACACCAUUACAAACAAUACUUGGUUCGACGUUAGAGUGUUUCUAUAAUCAGUCAUGUCUUGAUAUUCUUCUCAUGACUUAUCAAAAUACUAUAAAUAUCUCAAUACUUGAUAAAGCUCGGCCAAGUCGCUUUACACCAGCAUUAACCAUCGAUAUACUUAUUAAUGAACUUUUUAUUGAACAAAUUCUCAAUGAAACUAAUUACAAUUCAUAUUAUUCUCAAUGUGCACCUGUCUAUUGUAGUUAUACUUAUUCACAUCGAUUUGAUUGGAUUUAUGUUGCAACAACUCUUAUAGCCUUUUUUGGUGGACUCAAUAUAGCAUUGCGUUUUAUAACACCAUAUUUGAUUGGCUUUAUUUUAUUUUUGAAGCAAAAAAUGUACAAACAAAACAAGUCUAACAAUAAUAAUGCGAGAUUAUCAAUUCAAGUUCAUCUAAAAAUGUUGUAUCAAAAAGUUCGGUUGUCAAUCAUAAAUUUCAACUUAUUUGACAAUCACUCGCGCGACUCAUUCGAAAUAAAACGUGGUCUUAUUGCAACACGUCUUUUUAUUUUUCUCUUCAUGAUAACAAUUAGUGUUCUUAUAACUAAUACAUCGAUAUCAGUUCAAACUAUUACUAAUACUAUACAAAAUCCAUCACAGAUGCAAUAUCAAACAUUCCUAGAACGAUAUUCAACUACAUUGAAAUGUCCAUGCAAUAUUUUAUCAAUCCCUUAUAAAGAAUUCAUACAGAUUACUCCGAUAUAUCAUCAAUUAUGCGAAAGCAAUUUUAUUCAGUCAUGGUGGUACAAUAGUCUUUAUGCUAAAGGACCUGAUUAUAUUCCGGACAAUUUCGUUUUCUUUGCUGCAUCUUAUUUUCGAACACUAGCCAUGUUCUGUGAAAUAGCAAAUUUCACUAUUGUCGAUGCAAUUCGUCGUUUUUCUUCAAUAAUGUUUGUAAACGCUCAAGUUAUUUCACAUAAUUUAUUCGAUUCGAAAACAAAGGAUAUUAUAGAUACAUUUAUAAACUCAACUCGAGCAGAAUUCACCAAUAGUUUAUCAUUGAUUAAUGAAGUAGUUCAUGCUAAUCAAUAUAUAAGCGGUAUGUUGACAAAUGGUGCUCCUGAUAUAGUAAAUGUUUCUAGUUAUGCAACAUCGAUAGAGAAUCCUUACAGCAUUGUUUGGUUCAAUCAAAUCGGUCUAACAACAAAUAAUCAAACAUGCUCUUGUGAAAAUCGUCAAGUUUGUUGCACUGUACAUGGUCUGUGGACACGAAUUCGAGACCAACUUAUCUCAUUAAAUUUAUUUAAUAAAGGAUCGACUGAAAAUCAAACAAUUCGAUAUGAACGCUUUUCAACUCGACUCUAUUUACUUCUCCUGUUUACCAGUAUACUCACUCUAAUUAUCUAUACGAUUUUAUCAAAAGAAAUGAUACAGCCAAUAAUCUUAUUACCUACACAAGCUCGUUACGAAGAAUUAUUGUCUUCCCAUUCUAAUACACUUCAAUGUCCUUGUACUCACAUUUCUGUUGCAUACAAAGAUUUCAUCACUAUUAAUACUACUCUUCAUCAAGUAUGUUCAAGCGAUUUCGUCGAUAAGAAAUGGAUAUAUUUUCUAUACGGUAAUGGUUUUUCUGGUUAUCAAGAAAGAUCCGAUCUUCGUAUUCGUGGAGCUGCAUAUUUUGGUUUUCUAGCAAAACUAUGCAAACUAUCAGACACAACUAUUAAAUAUACAAUUAAUCAGUUUUUAGAAACAUCAUUUAUAAGUAGUCAAAUAAUGCCUCAAUCACAAUUUAAUAUUCAGAUGAAUGCAACUACUAGUCAAUUUGAAAGUAAUACACUAGUUCAGUUUUCUCAUGUCUUGCAACUUACACGUGAUGUAAUAGACAAGAGCACUUUUGUAUCUACUCAUUUGUUAAAUUGGCAUUGGCCUAUAAAUAGCAUCGAUUUGUAUCAUACGAUUCCGGCAGAAGCUAUCAUGCUAAAUAAUGAAUGUUCUUGUGGAGUAAGAAGUGAUUGUUCAGAAUAUGGUGGUAUCUAUAAAUCAUUUUCUAAUAUUGAAAAUUUUACAAUGCCUGGAAUCAAUGUAAGUUGUUCGGUAGUCGAAACAUUAAUGCAGUCAACAUUCGAAUGCUUAUACAAUCAAACAUGUAUUGAUGAAUUCCAACAUUAUGCUACAACAGUACCUAUUGUUAUUUCCAAUGCAACCAAUGUAACAGCUAUGAAAUCUAUGUUUUCAAGUCGUUUUCCACCGCAUAUAGCAAUUCGCGAUAUUGUUGGCGCACUUUUUAUCGAAAAAUGGCAAAUCAACUUUUCCUAUUCUGCUUUGUACCAACAUUGUACUCCGGCAUAUUGCUCUUACACAUUGGUGAAGUACCACAGCGUUCUAUAUUUCAUUUCGAGAAUUUUAGGUUUGUAUGGCGGCUUAACUGUUACUCUGAAAUUCAUUGUUCCGUACCUAAUCCGCAUGUAUUUCACGAUAAAAAAUCGUUGCCGUAAAAAUGCUGUUGUCUCUAGUGCUUAG